UAAGCUUUAAAAAAAAGUUAUCGAAAAUCACUUCAAUUUUAUGAAAAAUAUGUAAUAAAUGUUUCACCAUUCGAAAUGCGCCAUAGUUUUUUUGGUUGCUUGCCAGCUACAAGAAACAUUGGAGGAAUGAAUGAAUACUCAAUCACUUUAAAAAAAAAAUCAAGUGAGUAAAAUUAAUUCCAUUAAGUUGUUUUAAAAUAAAAAAAAAACUAAUAAUCUGAAGUGAAAAAACGCCACACAAGAGUUUUUCUCCGUCGGUCACAUUAUCUUGGUCGUUGGUUGGAUAUACUCACUCUUCUCCAUCUCUCUCACUCACUCCCUCACUCAGGCAUUAACCACCCUCACUCACUUAGGUAAGUGACUCUCUCUCUCUCUAUAUAUAUAUAUAUAUUAUUACUUCAACCGGCCGUCCACCGCUCACUUGCUCUGUCGGCGGGACCGAAAAAGGUAAGGGAGAGCGCAGGCGCAUAACUACCAGUAAGCAUCUUCGUUAACGUCCGGACAUUAACGGAAGUUACCGAAAGUUAAAAUAAGAGCAUCCGGGUAGUUGCGGAAGUUCUCGAGUCUGGACGAAUUAUUCCGGAAGUUUCCGAAAUUUGACGGCAUCUAUUUCCUUCUUGAGAAGGGAGAUAAGUAAUAUUGUGAGGAAGUUAAACCGCCACCAAAGCAAGGAACAAUGAACACUUACAGUUACACGGAAAUGGCGCGGAUGAAUGUUGUGGAACCUCCGCGGCGGAAAAAGCGCUUGCAAGACGCUAAUAAGCCAAAGAGGUCCACAUCGGCGUAUUUCUAUUUUAUGGCCAGUUGCAGGGAACAGGCGGCAAGAGCUGGGACCCAAAUUACCAAAGUUACGGAGUUUACCAAAGAAUGCUCUGCAAGAUGGAGGAAUUUUACAGCUAUGGAAAAAAAACCGUUCGAAGAAAAAGCCGCUCUGGACAAGGCACGAUAUGACCGCGAAAUGGCUCAGUACAAAGGCAAAGAUAUGGUCGAUCCUAACAAGCCAAAACGGCCGCAGACUUCGUAUUUUCUAUUCUUGGCCGAGUUCCGGAAAAUGAUGCAGGGUAAACUUGACCACAAAGACAUUCUGCGGAAGGCGGGGGAACAGUGGCGAAACAUGACGGACGAACAAAAGAAACCCUUUGAGAUAAAAAGUCAGGAAGAAGCCAAGAAAUAUGAAAUCGCUAUGGCUGAGUACCGAAAGCGACAAGGGGGUGUUGUGAUGCUUGACGGCGGUCCCGAGGAAAAAAGAACAAAGAUAGAAGCUGGCGUGGUUGGGUAUGGGGAAGAUGUCGAGGAGGAAGAGAUGGACGACGAAGAUGAUGAAGAGGGAGAUGAAGAAGAUGACGAAUGAAGGAUGAAGAGAGAGACUUGAGAGAUAUUAACACUCACAAAAAAAGGCGGGGGGUAUAAAAAAAAUAAUUCCUUUUUCUUUCUCGAAUUCAUUUGGUAAAAAAAAAACUUUUUUUUUCCCUCUAAUUCUUAACUGAAUAAUUUAAAAAAAAAUAAUAUAAACAAACAUCUUGGCAAAACAACACUUGAGGUAAAUCAUCUUUUUAAGAUUUAAGAAACAAAAAAAAAGUUGUAAAACAAACUUUAAAGAUGUCUUUGGCGGGGUGGUGGUCAGAAAAAUAAGAUCUUUCAUUCUCUCUCUCUCCUUCAGAAGAAAACCUAAUUUAUUUUUUGACAAAAAAAGAACCCCAAAACUAUAGAACUCUGUCGUCGUCUUCAUCUUAACCUCUUCGUUCAUUUUUUAAAGUGUGAAGGGGAAAUGAAAACAUUGUGUAUUUCAAUGUUUUUUCGUUUGUUCUUCACCAAUUUUUCCAUCCUUGAAGUCUACCUUUUCUUUCUAUCCUCUCCCUUUGCUAACAACCAAGUCACCAUUAUUUUUGUUUCUUACUUUCCUCUUAGUUUUACUUUAAACUGGCUGAAAUGCUUUGAGUCAACAGUCCGUUUUUUUAUGGGCAUUACUUUUCACCUUGGCUCAAAUUAUUUCUAGUCUUUUUUUUUUUUUUUUUUUAAUUAAUCUGUAUCUAGUUAGUAAGCUUUUGAUCAUCACUAUUACCCCCUUGUUCAGCCAAAAAAUGAAACAAACAGCCAAAGGGUCAAGACUGGAUUUAAUGAAAAAUAACAACUCGCAGCAAAAAUGGAAGGAAGAAAAAACCCCAAAGAUAUACCAAAUUGUUGACGAAAGUCAAUUGGAAUGAGCUUAAGCGUAAGACUUCUGCAGUAAUCAAAAUUGUUUGUUUUUUUCUGUGAACAUUGAAUCCAGUGACUUGAAAAUAAUAACAAUAAUUGCAAAUAUAGACUACAUUUUUUUUUUUUUUUUUUUUUCACCGACAAGAGAAAGUGUAUUGUCCGGUCGAUCAUUGUUGGCCAUCAUAUUAUUUCUGAUUACUUUUAUUAUUAUUAUCAUCUCUGUCUCUCUUUCUCUCAAGUGCAGCAUCUGCAUCCGACCUGCCUUUGUCUACAGACUCGUGUUGUUUCUUACCAAAUGGACUCCAACCUCAUCCACCACCACCACCAAAUAUAGGAAAUAUUCAUUUAGAUGUCUUCUUAGGAUUUACUCUCUUUUUUUGUGUUACUGCUCUCAUUUCUUUCUAAAAGUUUUAUCUAUCUCUGCAUUAUUAUUAUCAUGUUUAAGGGACGAUGUUAACACAUCUUCACUAACCACAUUCCUUAAAAACAAAUUAAACAGGAAAAAGUUAAAAUACAGGGAAGGGAAAAUUGGGUUUUUAGUGAGAAUAUUCUAAGGUAAUUUUGAAUACUGAGAAAGAAAGAAAGAAUUUAAGAUUUAAAAAAAAA